GAAACGAAAACGAGCGAGCCGUGCGCCUGACGCGACGGCGUCUCGUCGUCCGACCGGGACGUCUCCGGAGAAAAGAAAAGCCAUCCAUCCGGGGACACCCACCGGAACCUACCACCCCGGAACGGAAAAAUCCACACGGAGAUCGAGAGACGGACGCCGUCGCGAGCGGAGGAGGAGGGGGCUCCCUCGUCCCGCCCCCAACGUUCACCUCCGCUCCGCCAUCCGGCGGCUCGUUGCUAAUGCUGCUGAAUUGCUGAUUAAUUACGGCCAUUAUACGCCUUUAAUGGCGAGGAUUUACCAGCGGCCAGCCCAGCAUCGCCACUGACCCCAGCCGAGCCAGGCGCCUUUCCUCCUUCCUUUUUAUUCUUCUCCCCCUCCAUAUCUCCUUCGUCUCCUCCGCCUCCGGCUCCUCCGUCAUCUCCACCAAACUCCUCCCUCCUCCUCUGAAUACCGGCGCCUGCAAUCCUGUCACCGUCCUCCAAUCCCGGUGUUCGUUCUUGCUAUUUCCUGGACUUUCUCGCUCGCCGCCGGGAAUCCCGUUCCCGUCGCAAUCUGCUGGAGCUGAUGAGAGUUGUUCUCUUCUGUUUUUGUCGUUCUUGUUCUUUUCUUCCAUGAAACCGGCCCCUUCUUCCUCCUCCUCCUCCUCUUCGUGAGAGUGGUUCCGUUGGUUGGUCGGUUGCUCCACCAGAAAUCGCAUUGCUUUCGGGUCAUCCUCCCUGUUCCCCGAUACUUUUUUCCAGUCAAAGAGGGAUUUUUCUUCCGCGCUUUCUUCGGUUCCACGGCGAAUUCUGGCGGCGGGGCCGGCGUGUCUGUCGACAGCAUUCCCUCCGGUCGCCGGGGAGAUUGGAUGGCCUCGGAGCCGGCCGUGGCGUCGGGCGCCUGCCGCGGCGCGGGCGUGCGCAGGAGGAGCGGCAGGGUGGCGCGGCUGCUAGCCUGCGCGCUCCUCGAGUGGAUCCUCAUCGCGCUGCUGCUCGCCAACGGCGUCUUCUCCUACCUCAUCGCCCGCUUCGCCGCCUUCUUCGGCCUGCCGCCGCCCUGCGCGCUCUGCACCCGCCUCGCCGCCGACAGCCUCUUAGACCGCGCGCCCCGCCACGGAGCCGAGCCCCUGCGCCGCGUGCUCUGCGACGGGCACGCCGCCGAGGUGUCGCGCCUCGGCUACUGCCGCGCGCACCGCCGCCUCGCCGACGCCGCCGACAUGUGCGAGGACUGCGGGGCGCCGGCACCGUCCGGGAAGGCUCUGCUGUCGUGGAUGCGGCGGAGCGAGCUCGGCGAGCGGGACCUCGCCUGCGCCUGCUGCGGCGUCGCGCUCGAGAGCGGCUUCUACUCGCCGCCCUUCCUGCUCCCCACGCCGCCGCCGGCCGCGCGCGACCUCGACCAGGACGGCCACGGAGACGUGGUCUUCGUGUCCGAGGACGGCCCUGUGAUCGAGCUCUUCGACGAGAAGCCAUUGGUGGAGGAUGAUUCCAUCGCUGUCAUUUCGGCUCACCGCGCUGGCAUUGCCGUCAGCGUUGAGCGACCGGUGCCGCUUGAAUCCAUUGACUCCUUGGCCGACGGUGUGCCUGAGCUGUCAUCUGAGCCCAGUGGUGAAAGGAAAGGAGCAGUCGAUCAUGUGACGGUGGAGCAGGACUAUGCCGACGAGGAGAAAUUUGUGGUGGCCUCUGAUGUUCAGCACUCUCCUCGGAUGAAUGAUGGAUUGAAAGGUAUGUCAUUAUCAGAGGAUGAGGAAGUUGAACAGGGCACUGUGGAACAUGAAUUGUUUUCCAUGCCAUCUGAUGCCAUGGAGCAUGGAUUUGUUGUUGACAAAUCUGAUGGAAAUACUGAGGAGGUGCCGGUUCAACAUGCUGGGAUAAAGGAUGAAUGUGACGCUGUGCCAGUGGAAGGCGGGCCACAUGACUCAGAGGCUUUGAACGAGAACACUGAGGAGAACCAGGUUCAACGAGCUGAGCUGAGUCGGGAAUUGGAUUCGGUAAUGAUACAUCCCAGGGAGCAUGUCGAUGAAGAAUGUGGAGAGGAUAAAAUAUCACUGGCUGAGUUAAAACAAGAACUGGAGUCGGUGGCACUUGAUUCUUGGGAACAAGUUACUGAGAUUUCAACUGAGAACACUGAAAACCAUGUUGAACAGCCUGAGCUGAUGCAUCUGUCCGCUUCUAUGGCAGCAGGUGUUCUCGAGUCUCCCGGUGUUAAUGCCACCACAGGCCAAGAUGAUAUUGAAGUUGAUCCAACUGAGUCUCUUCUACCAAGCUUGCACCAACUUUCUGAUGGACAUUCAAUAAGUUCAGACAAAUCAUCUCCUGACUGCAGCAAUGUUGAAGAUAAGAGAGUUUCUGAUACACCAGCUCAUAUUGAAGGCAUCAGUUAUUUACAGGAAUCGCCAGACCCUGAAGCAGCGACCACUGAUACCAAGUCUCUUGAUUCAAGUGUUGGUAAUAUGUUUACUGAUCUGGAAAGCGUUGAGCUGGUGACUGUUGAGCAACUCAAGUCUGCUUUGGGAGCCGCUCACAAAUCAUUGAGUACGUUAUGCGCAGAGCUUGAAAACGAGAGGAGUGCAGCAGCUAUAGCUGCUGAUGAGACCAUGGCAAUGAUAAAUCGCUUGCAAGAACAGAAAGCUGCAAUGCAGAUGGAGGCGAUGCAGUACCAGCGGCUUAUGGAAGAGCAAUCAGAGUAUGAUCAAGAAGCGCUGCAGAGGCUGAAUGAUCUAGUUGUAAAGAGAGAUAAGGAGAGGCAAGAUAUGGAGAGAGAGCUCGAACUGUAUCGCCACAAGAUUCACCUCUAUGAGGCGAAGGAGAGGAGGAAAAUGUCCAGGCACAAAGCCGAUGACCAGAAUGGAUCAUCCUCAGCUUCAUCAAGUGCUGAGGACAGCGAUGAUCUUUCCCAAAGUUUCUACGAGGGUGAUGAGUCUGCCCAUGGUCUGAAUGGCAGCAAUGGCAGCAGUCCUACUGAUGUUGUUUUACAUGAAACUGCUAGUCAUAUUGUUACGCUUGAUGGCUCGCUAGCUGACUGUGAGGAAGAGAGGCUCUCCAUAUUGGAACAGCUGAAAAUGCUAGAGGAGAGGCUUUUCGACCUCGAAGAUGAAGAAUCUGACAACUUGAAGAUGGACAAGCAUUUCACAGAAGAUAAUGGUGCCUCAAAUGGUUUCUCUGAUGAGGAUAUCAGCUUCAAACUCCAUGAUAGCAGGAAAGGCGUAAGCCAUGGAGGAAAGAAGCUCCUCCCUCUGUUUGAUGAUGCUACCACGAGAAAUGGGAAUGGCCUCCUAACAAAGCAAGAUACCGAGGCAGACCCUUCAGCAGAGGUCGUGUUGGAACUUGCCAAGGAGCAAGAUAAGCUUGCGAUUGCCAGUGAGAUCGAUCAAGUCCACGAGCGCUUGCAAGCUCUCGAGGCAGACAAGGAGUUCAUAAAGCAGUGUGUGAGGUCCUUGAACAAAGGAGGCAAGGGCUUUGUUCUUCUUCAGGAGAUCUUGCAGCAUCUCCGGGACCUCAGAAGGAUCGAGCAGCGUGCAAGGAACAACUCUGGAGAAGUCUCGCCCCACUGCGUGCAUCCUUACACGGAUUAAUAAAGAUGAGCCGCGGAGCCCCGGUAGUGUUCGACGACAACGCACCAUUCGAGAUGAAAGCACCAACAAUCCGAAAAAGAAAGUGUACACACCACCACCAACGACGGCGAGAAAAGCGAGAGUUUGGCGACUAGCUUAGCAUAGCCAGGCCAAGAAGAAGCUGGGCUCUGCCAUCUCAGGAGGGGAAGGAGCUCUUCCUGGAAUGGCGCACGGCGCAUCCGGUUCGGCAUCCGCAUCGCCAUCGGAAUUCGGGCGGCGGAUCGUGCCGCAACCCUGCCUUGUAAGGUUUUUUUUGGUGGACCGCUUCCCCCCCACCCACGUUGUGCCGUUUAAUUUGCAUCUUGUGGGGUUUGCGCUCCGAACUUUUGCUGGAGGGCGAGACGGUUGGUGAGCCGCCCACCCCCCCAUGAGGUGUGUUUCGUGGCAGAAAUCAUGGCUUUGCGAGACAGGGCUUUUGGGAGUGGAUCCAUUGAUUAGUUAAUUAACUGGAAACAAACAGGCCAAUGCCAGCUCUGGUUGCCAGGCAGCACAGGAUGAAUGGAUACAAAAAAGAAAAUACUAGAGAAAACAUUUUUUUAUUAUUUUUGGUUGGCCUCAGUGGGCUUUUCUGCUGUAUAAAUCUCAUGGUUUUGUAUGGAGGAAAAAAUAUGCGAGGCUGGUUUGGGGUGCU